AUGCUACUACCGACACUGCUGUCGCUUUUGGCUACUUCUGUUAGUGCUGCGGUAGUUGGGCCACGACGUUUUAUCGACACUAACAGGGAAGCCGAGCGGCGAGCGGCGAGCGCAGAAGUGGCUGCGACCUAUCCUGCGUACAACUUGACUAUUCCCAUUGAUCAUUUCCAAAAUUCCAGCCGGUACGAACCGCAUAGCGAUGGCACAUUCAACAAUCGUUAUUGGUUCGAUGCCAGCCACUAUAAGCCCGGCGGUCCUGUCUUUCUAUUUGUUGCAGGCGAAGCAUCAGGAGAUUACCGUUUUCCACUCCUUGAGAAGGGUAUCAUCUUUCAACUUACCUCGGCCCAUAAUGGUAUUGGGGUGAUCUUAGAGCACCGUUAUUAUGGGACCAGCUUUCCCUUUGACGACAUUACGAUAGAGGACGCUAGAUUCCUGACGACAGAGCAGUCACUUGCCGAUGCGGCCUACUUUGCUAGAAAUGUCGUUUUCCCUGGACUCGAAAAGGAGAAUCUCACAUCCUCGGGCGCUCCUUGGAUUGUAUAUGGAGUUUCUUACUCCGGCGGCCAGUCGGCUUUUCUCCGAAAGUUGUAUCCGGACGUUUUCUGGGGCGGCAUCUCGUCUUCAGGCGUAACUGAAGCUAUCAUCGAUUAUUGGCGAUACUUUGAGCCUGUCCGAAAAUAUGGACCAGCUGACUGCAUCUGGACGCAACAAUUCGUCACCGACGUUGUCGACAAGGUAUUUAUCGACAACAAGAAUGAGACCUUGAAGGGUCAAUUCAAACUUUUCUUCAACUACGCCACCACUGCGAUGGACCAAGUUUUCGUCAACAAUCUCUACGAGGGUUUAUAUUCUUGGCAAAGUCGGAAUUGGGACAGCUCCAUUGGUUCUGGUACCUUCAGCAAUUGGUGUCAGAUAAUUACAAGCCAUAACCUGCAAUAUUCUUCUUCGGCCGCAGCAAAUGCUUCGGCCGCUGCAAUCCUGGAAGCCACAGGCUACGGCGGCAACGACACGUUAGCACUACGCUUACUUAACUAUGCUGGAUAUCUCAAACGCUUCUCCAUGGCAGACGCAGCCGUUCGAGACAUAUCCACGUAUGCCUCGGACUCUAGGUCGGCGUCAUUAAAUGAAGCGGUUCCUGCAGAACAGUUCGACUCAUGGGGAUAUCAGACGUGCACGGAGUGGGGAUACUGGGUUACAGGCUCUGGGUUUGACUCAUCGCUCGGCAUGCCUCUGAUAUCACGCAUUCUGAAUCUGGAUUUUGAAAGCUCGUAUUGUGAAACCGAAUUUGGCAUAACCACCACACCCGACAUCACAGCCAUCAACAAGUACGGUGGCUUCGACAUAUCAUAUCCUCGCCUCGCCAUAAUUAAUGGCCUGGCCGAUACGUGGCGCGAAGCAACACCGGCUGCAGAUUCAGCGCGUCCUCGUGAGUCCACAGUCUCAGAACCGUGGAUAGUGAUUGAUGACCCACCACGAGACGUCUGGGAUGGUCUUCGAGGUGCUGGACAUCAUUGGGAAGCCAAUGGGGUAUUCGCAAACCAAACUCAGAACCAACAGCCCCCGGAAGCCAUCAGGGCAGCCCAAGCUGAUAUUCUAAACUUCGUGGGAUCGUGGAUUGAGGAGUGGAGGGAUGCUUAA